GACAUAUUCAGCCUGGAGAUCCUUAUGAGCAACUGCCUUGGCGCAGUAGCGGUACUCGAGAUCUGGCAGUUCCGAUUGGAUACGGAGGAGAAUCUGCUGCGUUGUGGGGGUCUUCCUUGCUCCAAGGUCGUUGCCAACCACUCGGGCCUGCAACCGGUCAUCUCGUCUCUUCGACCGCCUCAAAAGGAGGGCUCUGCGCAGGCCACGAAGAACCCGCCUGCCACUGCGCGCUCCAAAUGCUUUGCCGUCGAGGAUGUUCGACGCUCUCGGCUGUUCGAGCGACUUGGCACCCUGUUGAAAAGCCUCGUGGUCACCACCAGACUACUUCCUGCCUACAGCGUAUCCCGAGGGAAGAAACCUUGGGCCGAUUCGGAGGCGGCAACGGCGGGAGAAGAGGUGGCGGACCCAGAGGAGACUGAAAUUCAGAUGUGCUACACGUUGCGACGGGGCGAGGUGUCGUUCGAUCGAUUGGGCAGUGAAGACGGCGUCAUUUGUCGUCAGGUGGGCCACCUCUUCCCCGGUCUCGCAGUCCUGCCCACUCCCUCAUCUGCCGCCGCCGCCACCACCACCGCCAACACGCCGGCGCCGCAGCCCGUACCGGUCUUCCUCAACGUCUCCGUCAGGUAUCGCAGUCAGCUCAACGACAUGAACGUCCUACAACAGUGUCUGGAGGUGCCGCAACAAGGAGGUAUCAUUGACGAAAAAGCUCCACGUUCCAGAAGACCGUGCAUUAGACCGGCUUUUGCUGCGACCACACCAGAGGAUGAUGAUGAUGAUCUUGACGUCGACGACGAGGCUAAGGUGGCAUUCGCCUACAGAUUAGCCAACGAUGACUUACCGGAGCAGGACGAGGAUGAGGAGGAGACAGAUCCUUACGCCUUCCAGACCGAGGAAGACGCGACCUGCGAGGAGAACGGCUGCGAGAUCGAUGACCUGGAGGGUCAAAUGUCACGCACCUUCGUGUCCUGCAACUCCGGCGAUGAGGAAACCGAGGAGAUACGCGGUUUCCCGCUCCAACUACCCUUCAGCACCGUGGGCAUCAGUGGAGGCGGUGCGCGACUAGCGCAUCUGGUCGCCGAACUCCGAACCAAGACCGAUCUCGAUUUGUUUCGAGUUCCUGGCGCAGCCACCUCCAUGGUCACCACCACAGCCUCCGUGUUUGACGCCAACGCCCUGGGCGACGAGCUGGCGCGGCAUGAACAGCUCCUGAAGGAGUUCGACGACUUCUUGACGGACUUCACUAGCGCGCCCUCACCUGUGACCGCCAAUGAGGCCUAUCAUUAA